UGUUAAAAAUCUGAAUUAGUAUGUACAGUUCUGGUAUCAAAAUGUUUCAUGUCAUAGGUUUGCGUAUUAUCAGAAACUUAUUUGAGCAAGGGUAUACUCAGAAGGAGAUGGUUAAAGUAAUUGAAGUGUUUGGAGGAGGAAAAAUAUCGGAUCGCCAACUGAGAAGACUUUUGCACAAAAUGAAAUUGUUUAGAAGGAGUAAUGACCGCCCCAAAAAAGAAAUUUUUGCUGCAGUUGAGAGUGAAUUAAAAAAGUGGCCCCCAAUGAAAGGUGUUCGAGCUAUGUAUAGACGUGUGAGGGACUUCAGAGGAAUUCGACCAUGCUAUCGAAAUGAUGUACAUGAAGUAAUGCGUCAAUUGGAUGCAAGGGGUCUGCACAGACGACAGCCAGGAAAUCGCAAAAUUCUGAGAUGCCAGUACUCAACAAAAGGCCCCAAUCACACUUGGCACAUUGAUGGAAAUGAUAAAUUGCGUUUUUAUGGAAUCUGGAUUCAUCUGUGUAUUGAUGGAUAUUCAAGACGUGUUAUAUGGCUACAUGCAGGGACCUCCAAUCGGAAUCCACGUUUCAUUGCUAGAUAUUUUCUUGAUGCUGUGGAAACAGAAAAUGGUGAAACGUUUACUUUCAUUUCCAGCUAAUUCCUAUGAUAAAUGAGUUUCUUUAGCUGUAUAUUGUUAGCAGAUUUUCUUAAUAUUUUAUAGAGCAU